CAGAUUGCAUAUAUAUAUAUGUUUAUGUAGUUAGGCGCAUAGAAUACAACAUAUAUGUGAUAUACACACAUAAGCCAAUCUUAAAUCAGAUAAACGUAAGCGCAUUCAUGCGAUACCACGUACUAACACAAAUUGUAUUAAACAAUUUAUAUUUAUUAUAGAGGUAUAAUUAUUAAAAAUGACUGAAAAUAAAAUUAAAAGUGAUGGUGAAGAUAGAAAUAAAGGUUGUUGUAUUUAUACGAGUGAACAUCGAACAGAGUAUUUUAUGAAAUUGGAGAGAUGGCUUAUAGAAGUGUACGCAUGGCACAGUUUUGUUGCUACUAUUCCAUUUGUUCUUGGAUCUAGUCACAUAGCACAAGAUUCAAAAUUGUCAAAUGCAAAUAUUAAUAAUCAGGAAGGAAGUGAAAAUAGUUCAAACCAAAGAAUAAACAAUGAACCUACAGUUGUAGAAGCAUCGAGAACUAUUGGUAUUAGAUAUCGAAUUCCACCAGUAUGGAAGAGAUAUAUCGCAGAAAUUAUAGAUGGAAUGAUAAUGCUUCUAUUAAAAAUGUCUAUAAUAUUAUUUAGUAUGGAUAUUGUCAACAUUUUUGAAAUUGAACAAUAUCAUUUGAAUGAGCUACCACUAAAUUUACAAGCGGACUAUAAAAUUGCAUUGGAUGUGAUAUCUAGACUUGUAGCUGUAGAGCUAGUAAAUAAAAUAUUUGUUUGUUUUUUUGAGGCAUCUUGGCUGCAGCAUGGAGUUAAUGGUCGUAUUGGCGGUGCAACUCCAGGAAAAUUGAUAAUGCGUUUGAAAGUUGUUCGAUGUAAAAAUGUUACACCAGUAGGUCUGAGAAAUGAAGAUAUGGUUUUGGUAGUUCCUGGAACCGACUUAGGUUUAUUACCAGCCUUAGGACGAUCAACUUUGAAAAAUAUUUUAAUGUUUUUGUUACCCGUUUGUUUUACUAUAUGUUGCUUUAGAUUUAAUCGAACGUGUUAUGAUUUACUUUCUAAUUCAAUUGUUGUCGAAGAUGAAAGCAUCAACGGAAAUAAUAAUCGAAAUAACAAUAACAAUAACAAUAAUAAUAAUAAUAAUAAUAAU